AUGAAAUAUAUACAUCAUAUAUUCAUAAUUUUAUUAAUUUUUGUGUUUGCAAGUCUAAAUAAAGUAGAGGCUGGUAAUUUCCUUUUUCCACCAGUUCCAACUAAACCACCGAAAACUCCUAAACCUGUAAGACCAACUUCUUCUCCAUUAGGACCUCCUGAAAAAAAUGAUGAAAAUUAUGGUACACCAGUCAAUGGUGAUAGACCAAAAUGGAUUGAAAGAUCAGCACAUUUAUUAACCAAUAUACUUAGAAUUGAUCCACAAGGAUAUAAAAAAAUGUUUUUUACAGGAGGAGAAACUAUGUAUAAUGUUUUAUCUAAAGGUGGAAUAUAUCAACCAAUGCAUCCAUUAUAUUAUAGAAGAGAUCUUGAUAAAUCAGCAUUGUCUCAUUCAGAAGAUAUGUCAUCAACACCUUGCUUCCAACAUCCAUCAUGUAAUGGAACUGAUACAGAUACUCGUUUACGUUACUUUUACACUGGAUGUGGUGACCCAAAUCAAGACGAAAGUAGUUAUGGUGAAAAUAUUUUAAAAGGAAUGAAAACUGCUAAAGAUUCAAUCAAUUAUUGGAUAUGUGAAAAUUGGCCUAUAGGAAAUGGAAUUUGUGUUUCUGAUGGAUCAAAUGAUGGCCAUAGAAGUAAUCUAUUAAAUAGUGAUUUUUAUUCGAUUGGAAUAGCAUCAAAAUUAAGUAAUGUUGAUUCAUUAGUUUAUUGGACUCAAGAUUUUGAUAGUUCAAUUUGUCCAAUGGAUAUCGCAGAUUUACCAAUUCAUAGUGGCUCUCAUAUCUUUUCAGAUGAUAAAUCAUCUUGUACAUUUGGUGUAACAUUUUUUUCAGAGAGGAAAUCCAUUACAUCAGUAAUGGGAAAGGUUUAUAUCAAUUAUAAUACAGAAAUAACUGAAGAACCAUUUGUUUUUGAUUUAACCUUGAAAAUUGGAUCGACAACAAAAGGUGUUUAUUUUUAUGACACUUCAAACUUUUCAAAAAAUGAUUCUUAUUAUUUUGAAUUUACAAUUCUGGAUAAUUCUAAAUCAAUAACCUAUAGAUAUCCACAGAAAGGAUAUUUAAGAUUAAUUGAUGAAUCAAUUUUAGAUGAACCAUCUUGGGUUAAAGUUUAA